GCUGCCUGGAGAUAUGGCCUGAGGGAGGCGGCGGAGGAUGAAGACUGGACUGUUUGGACUGACCGUGUUAGGGGCAUGAAGCUCUACCAGAAAAUAAACCAUUUCCCAGGGAUGAUUGAGAUCUGCUGCACAGAUUCUCUGAUGGGGGACUUGAACCAAAUGCUGAAACUUUUCUCCAAAGAUUACAAAAUAUUUCCCAGAACAUGGAGCUUUCCUGCAGACUACAGUGACUUCUAAGCCUACUCCAGACUCCUCAGGAUCCUACCAAGUCUAAACCUGUCCGCCCUCCAACGAGUCUCUAUCUCCGGAAAAACCCACACUAACUGGAUUCUGGGAAAAAAGGGUAUUCUCAACCAACUUAAACGUGCAGGGGACCAAAACGGACAUUGUGUCGUAUAUGUUGUAGGGACAUCCUGUGCUCAAUUCAACCUAUUCUGGUUUGAGAAAGGUUUGGUUCGAUUUUUUACCAUGGAGUACAAUGAACCCUCCCAAAGCAACAUGGACGAUGUGUGCAUCAACUUCACAAGCUACUCCAUAAACAAAUACAGGGAGAACUUUAAAGAUAUCAUCAUCAAGACGCUGAGAUGCCCUCACUCCACCCUAAAGCACAACUGCCUGCCAUGUUUUCCCUAUCAACACACUGGCAGCGCCUGCUUUGAGAUAUUCGACUUGGAUGUGCUGAUUUAGCAGCUCAAACCAUGGCUGCAGGAGGUGAAUCACUCCCUGAGUUUCUCCACUGACUCUGAGCUAAACCUGGAGGUAAAGGAAGCUCUGCUGUACAAUAACCCGGCUCUCUUCAACCUGGGCGCCUGUGAACGUCACACCAUGGCGGAGAGAUGCAGGGUGAAGGACAGGCUGCAGCAAAACCUCCCCACUGAGGCCAGGAGAGAGGAGCUGCGACAGUGCAAGGCAGCCAUAGUGGAACAGAUGGAGGAGUAUGAAGCCAAACACCUAUGGGGGGGUAAAACAGAUCUACCUCACAGGUGCUUCCAACACAGCAGCUCGCUCUUCCAGAAUAUGGCUGCAUCCAAGGCCAGGGGGGGGAGUGUGCUUGGCGGGUGGAACGUUUGGAUGACAAGAGGUAGUCCAGUUAGAGGUCAGAAGUUCAGAGCAGAAAAAGAGGAAAGCUUAAAUCAUUCAUGGCAUCAACAAUGUAGACGACCUGCAGGGGCAGAGGCCAGGCUGAUGGCCUCCAUGCCCCGCUGCAUUAAUGCAUCCCCUCUUUCUGGAGUUCUUUUGGGUUCAGAAGCUGCAGAUAUGCAGGAGGAGGAGGUGAAUGAGGACCGGCUCCACUCUCUGCUGCAGAGAAAGAAGCUAGUGGAGGGCCUGAACCGGACAGAGGGAGCGGGGGUCUUUAGUGGACGCCACCACCGAAGAGGAUUUCCUGACACGGUUCUUUUAGGGAACAAUGCAGCAAACAACAGCAGAGAACACAGCAGCCCUACUGCUGUGUGUGAUUCAGCAGCAGUUGCCCAGCCUCACCUUGCAGCAGAGGAGCCUGAACCAGACCUGCAGCCGGAAGCUGGGAGACACAGCAGGAUGGGAGAAAGAUGCACAACCUGCAACAUCAAACUGGGACCAGGUCCGGUUAGAGACCAGCACCAACUGAAAACAGUUUACAGCUCUGUGGCUGUCACAAAGUCCAGAGGAAGGGUCCCCAUCAUAAACCUGCUCCCUAAAAGAGGCCUGUGCUGUGCCCACACGCCCCACCACCCCUCAGACCUCCAGAGCCCCGUUGCUCAGCAGGCCUGGCUCUUCUCUCUCCUCGUCCAGAGCACGUCCUGCAGCCCCCAGCUCAGGAAAGGACUUUGA